AUGAAUUUUAGGGAAGCGUCAGCAAUGAAUUCUGGCCAGAAAGCAGCCGCAGCGUAUGGCUUCAACGUUGCCAUGCCGACUAGAACGCAAGGAUUCAAUUCUUACGCAAAUCCUUAUACUCAGCCGCCGAUUUCUCAAGGAAUGAACAAUAUUCCUGAUCAAUUUCAACAACAGAUGACAACAGGAGAAUCGACAGCAAUGAACUAUGGCAUGAAGAUAGAUAUGCCAGGUAAAUCUCGCCAAAUGUACCCGCAACAAAUGAUAAAUAAGAAUUUAACCGCUCAAAAAGCAAGACAAUAUGGAUUUAUCGCAGAAAUACCAGGAUCCACACCUGACAAUUCAAACGCUGUCCGCGUUGCUGCAAAUUAUGGUUUGACCGCUCAAUUUCCAACAAGAGGUCAGAAUAUGCAAGCUCCAUCAGCGAUGAAUGUCGAUAAUUCAAUUAAGGCAGCAUCAGCAUUCGGAUUUCGUGCAGAAUUUCCAAAUCAAAACCGUUCUUUCAAUUUACCAUCGCAGCAACCAUUGAAUUACAGGCAACCUCAAAUGAUGCAGCCUCAGCAGUCUUACGACAUGACUAUCAAUCAUCAAUCCGCGAUUGCUCAAAAUUACGGUUUUGUUGCUGAAAUUCCAAAGCCAAGGACAAACUUACAAGUGGGAAAUAUUCCUCUUAGCAAGCAGUUCCAGCAGUAUUCACAGCAGCCUUAUCAGCGCACUCAGUUAAAGAAAGUUUCCGGAAUUUCUGUUCUCCGUCCUGAUGAAAUUCUAUUUCCUCAAAACAACAACGAUUACGAUAAUGAUGACCAAUACGAUUUUGAAUAUCCUCAGCAAGCUUACGAACAGCCGAUUUCGAAUCAAUUUCCUCCUCAAAACUUCAACUAUUCUUUCAUUCAGCCUCGUAAAAACAUUGCUGAUUACGGAAUCAACAUUGUUCCACCUGGAUCUUCCAAUCCACAAGUAAAUCAUUCGAGUACUGCUGAAUAUCUCAACCAAAGGAUGUUUUAUGGUCGCCACAAAUCAUCGACAACACAAUCGUCAUCACGAAGAAAGAAGAGCGAAGUCAAUCCAGUCGAAAUUUUGCUUUACGAUUACGCAUACGCGUUUCCUGAUGCAUUCGUGAGACAUUUCCCACAACUCGUUAACUACGAUUAUAUUUACGAUAUUCUGGAUGAAAUUCCACGCAGUUUGAUCGAUGCUGUCGUUGAUAUAAACCUUGAUGAAAAAAUGACCCCGAUUUCUCACAGUUUCAUCCAACAAGUCAAGCAGCAUAUAUACAACAACUCAAUCCCACUUCCUCCUGAUCCAGAACCUCAAAAUAUCGAAUUUAAUAAUCCGAAACCUCUUUCUGUUGCAUUUACAAAGAACCAUCCAUUCCCGAACUUCCAAGAAUCAUCAGAUGACCUCGCCAACUACUACGAGGGACCACAACGUUCCAAAUUAGUCAUUGAUGAUAAAAACACGAAACCACUCGUUGUAAAAGUCGGAAACAAGUUCUUUGGACCACAAGAAGAGCUUAUUGAUUCCGCCAGUGAUGAUUACGAGCCGAAAGUCAGAGAUCGAAGAACAUAUGCAAAAGAUUCAACUGCAUCAUCCUCAAAGAGGCAUUCUUCAUCUCACAGACACGGAUCAUCAUCACACAGGCACUCCUAUCACAGAUCUUCUUCAAGGAGAAUGAGAGAUGACUACGAUUACGACGAUUAUCCACGCAGACGAUCAUCUCACAGACAUUCUCAUCGUUUUCAUCACCGUGAUGAUAGAUAUUCUGACGAAGAUACAGAAUUUGAGAAGAAUUACAGAUCAUCUCAACAUCACAGGAGAUCUUCUCAUAGGAAAGAUGAGAAAUACUCAGAUCUUGACUCCACAUCAUCAAGAGAUAACGAAAGAAGGUCUUCCAGGAGAAAUCGCGACCAAGAUCAGAGAAUUGUCGCUCAGAAGCCAACGAGAAGGCCACAAGGUCCUCCACAAGACAAUUAUGUCGAUCAAGGACCAAACAGAGGCGUUCCUCCUCAAAGACCACCAAGAAAACAACAAAUUCCACCACAAGGUGAAAUUAACAACCAGCCAAACGACCAACAGAAUGCCAACAACCAAGUUUAUGGCGAAGAAGAACAAUUCAACCAGAAUUAUUACGAUGACGGCCAGAAUCAGAAUUAUUAUGACGAAGGCCAAGAGAACAACCAAUACUAUGAUGGUGGCGAUAACCAGAAUUAUUACGAUGAUGGCCAGCAACCACAAGAUGGCCAAUUCUAUGAUAACGGCCAGUAUUAUGACGAUGGCCAGAAUCCUCCACCAGAAGGACAGUACUACGACGGUGGCCAAGACGGCCAAUAUUACGAUGGUGGCCAAGACGGCCAAUUCUACGACAACGGCCAAUAUCCACCUGAUGGCCAGUAUCCUCCAGACGGCCAAUACCCACCUGAAGAUGGUCAGUAUCCUCCACAGGAUGGCCAGUAUUACGAUGGAGGCCAAUAUCCACCGGACGGCCAGUAUCCUCCAGAUGGUCAGUAUCCUCCUCCUGCAGACGGCCAAUACCCACCGAACGGACAAUACCCAGAGUGUCAGAUGCCUCCAGGCGAAGGUGCAGGCCAAGGCGAGGAAGAAUACGAAAUCAGAGUUGUCAAGAGAACGAUAAAGAAGAAGAGGAAAUCGAAGAAAGGAGCUGCAGCAGCCGGAGAAGCAUCAAAAGAACAGAAACCAGCCGAUGCUCCAGCACAACCAGCAGAUUCCACUCAACAACCUCCUUCAGCACCAGUUCCAGAGCAAACACAGCAAAAGCCAGCUGAAGAACAGCCUCAGCAGCCAGUUCCAGAAGAGAAGAAAGAGGAACAGAAACCAGCUGAAGAAAAGAAGGAAGAACAGCCACAGCCUGUUGAAGAGAAACCAAAGAAGAAGAAGAAGAAACAAGAAGAGAAGAAGGAAGAUGAGUUCAUUCCACCACAAAACAUCUUGGCACAACAAGUCAGAAAGAUCGAAGUCGCUCCAGACAAAGAAGUCAUUGUUCUCAACAAGAAAGUUGAAAAGAAGGAAGAAAGCGCAAUGACAUUAGACGACAUCGACGCUCUCAUGGCUCCUGCACAACUCCAGGAUUUCGAUCCAAACGAACCUCUUCCAAAACCUCUCGCAAGCACAAGAAAGAAACGCUCAUUAAGACACGACCACGAAGAUUCAAAACACGAUGAAUCAAAACCAGAAGAAAAGAAGAAACAAGAAGAAAAGCCAAAGACAGAAGAAAAGAAAGUUGAAGAGAAGAAACCAGAAGAAAAGAAGAAAGUUGAAGAAAAGAAACCUAAAUCAGAUGAGAAGAAGAAGUCCGAAGAAAAACCAAAGACAGAAGAAAAGAAACCAGAAGAAAAACCGAAAUCCGAAGAAAAGAAGAAAGUUGAAGAAAAACCAAAGGUUGAAGAGAAGAAACAAGAAGAAGUUGCUAAAGCUGAAGAAGAGAAACCAAAGACAGAAGAAAAGAAAGGAAAGAAAGCAGAUGGAAAGAAGAAACCAUCAAAGAAAGCAAAGACAGAUAACAAACCAGCAUUAUUCGUUCCAAUACAAUUUGCAACUCUCAAAGGAGUUAAAGAUGAACCAAUUCCUAAAGCACUUUUGGUAUCAACAGAUUUCGAUGAGAAACUAUUUGUUCUUCCAAGACAACCUCUUCCUGAUUCAGAUUGGACUAAACUUGCAAACGAAGUUCCAACACCAAACAUCACAGAAGAAUACAAAGGAAAGCAAGGAUUCAUUGUUGAUAACAGUAAUUUCGAUGAACCAAAACCAAUGUUUACUCCUGGCGAAGUUGACAAAUCAGGAAUUCCUAUUGUCAAGAAGAAAGAAAGAAGGAAUUCAAUCACAGAGAAAGAUCUCAUUACUCUCGAAAAGAACUACGAAAAGGAUCUUUCCAAGUUCAACAAACUCAGGAAACAGCUCAAACAAGACAAAGACAGCAAACAGAGCAAAUCAAAGAAGAAGAGGAAGAUAGCAAACAUGAGAAAGAAACAACAGCCAGUUGUUUCCGCAGAAUGGUUGGCUGAACAGAAGCGUCUCAAAGCAGAAGAAAAAGCAAGAAGACAAGCAGAAGAAAAGAUGAAAUCAAUGUUGGUCAAUGCAGCAACAGCAGAACUAAACGAAGAAGACGAAGAAGAUGAAAACAACGAACAGAUGCCAACAGUCAUCAAGAGAGUAAAUCACCACAUCGAAGGAGAUGGUGAAUACGAGUACGAGUACCAAUACGAGGAAGAAGAAGUCAUGGAGCCAGGAGAAACAUGGGAUGCUCCACCUGUUUUAACAAUACAAACAGUUAGAAAGAGAGUAAGAGUUGACAAAGAACAGAAACAACAAGAACCAGCAAAGAAACUCUCAAGGAAACAGAUGAAACAACAGAAACAACAACAGUUACAGAAAGAAUUACAAGAAAAGUAUCAACAACAAAUCAAAGAAGAAGAAACAAAACAAGAGGAGGAGGAAGAAGAAAAAGAACAAGAAGAUGCUCCUCAAACAUUAGAUGAUAUCGAUAGAUUGAUGAAUGCUGCUGCUCCUCCAAAGGAAGAACAAAUUGAAGAAGAAGAGGAAGAAGAAAAGAAACAAGUCGAAGAAGAAGAAAUCAAAGAAAAGAAACAUAAAUCUGUUGAAGAAAAAGAAAGACAACAAGCAAUGGAUGAUUUCGGUGCUCUUAUGGAUGAAACACCUGCAAAGAAACAAGACUCUAAACCAAAGAAAGAAGAAAAGGAGUCUAAGAAACAAGAAAAGAAAUCAAAGAAACAAAAACAAGUCAAAGUCGAAGAAGAAGAUGAAGAAGAGGAAGAAAUUAAAGAAGAAAAGAAACAAAAGAAACAAUCAAUCCAAGAAAGAGAACAACAACAAGCAAUGGAUGAUUUCGGUGCUCUAAUGGAUGAAACACCAAUUAAGAAACAAGAAGAAACUAAACAAGUUGUUGAAGAAGAGGAAGAGGAAGAAAUCAAAGAGAAGAAACAUAAAUCUGUUGAAGAAAAAGAAAGACAACAAGCAAUGGAUGAUUUCGGAGCUCUUAUGGAUGAAACACCUGCAAAGAAACAAGAAGAAGAACCAAAACAAGUUGAAUCUAAACCAGAAAAAGUUGAGAAGAAACAAGAAACUAAACCAGCAACAAUUGAUGAUUUAGAUGCAAUAUUAAAUGGUGACAAACCAAAGAACAAACCGAAACAAGAAGAAGAAAAGAAAAAACAACAAGAGCAACAACAAGAAGAAGAUGACAAAAGAGGAGAAGACGCAAUUCCUCCAAAGAUUGCUUAUCUCCUUGAACAACAAAGACUCAGAGAAGAGAAGAUGAAAGACAGAAUUCCUUAUCCUUUGGCACCAUCAAAACCAGAAGUUCCUGAUCCAAUUGUUGAUGAAGCAGAGAUCCUUGUUUCGAAGCCAUUCAAACUCAUAACAAAAGACAAAUUCAUCGACAGAAGACUUAUGUUGUUUGCUGAUGCAGAAAUGAAGAAACUCAUUGAAGAACAAGCGCAAAGACUUGCAGAGUUCUACACAAAGAGAGCAGCAAGUGAAUACAACAAGGCAAUGAAUGAAUACUGCACAAAGAGAAAUCUUCCUCAUCCAAAGAUGAAAGAGAUUCCUGGAAUGACAGGUAUAAAGAUUCCAGAAAACGCUUUCUCAUUGAAACCAAUAACAGAACAAAAGGAAGAAGAAAAAUCACAGAAACAAGAAGAGGAAGAGAUUCUCGACGAAGAAAUCAAAGCACAGAUCCAAUCAUUCGCAGAGAAAGAGAAAGAAGAAGGUCCUUCUGCAGAAAACAACGAUGAAGCAAAUAAGGAACAAGAUAAACCAAAGAAGAAGUGGUACUUAGAAGAAGAAGAUGAAGAGGAAGACUUCACAAUAUUAGAUGAAGAAGAAGCUAAAGAACUCGAAAGGAAAUCAAAGGAAAUUGAUGAUUUGGAAAGAGCAAAAUUACCAGAUUAUUACGUCAAUUUCAACGACAUUUUAAUGGAUUCUACAUGGCCAGAAAACAACCAAGUUUACUUCGAUCUCAAAGAGAACUUCCCAGAAUUAUUCGCAAACCAGUUCCCAGAAGACAAACAGUUCGUAAAAGCUGUUGAAGAAUUCAAAUCUAAAAGUGACAUUUCCAAUCACGAAAAGAUUUUCCAGAUUGGCAUUGACAUGAACUACGAAGAGAGUGUUAAACAACUUAACGAGAAAACACACAACAAGAUCAAAUCAUUGUUCAAGAAAUACGAGAAAGAUAUUGCUCAUUCCCGCGAAGUUUGGUUCAGUGAAUUGGAUUCGAAGAAAGAAGAAGAAAGAAAGCGAUUAGAAUUCCUUGAACAACUUCGUGUUAAGCGUCAGCAGCACACAACAAAGAGAGAACAAAUGGAAGCACGCAUGACAGAAGAAGAGAAGAAAGAAUACACAGAAUUCAUGAACAAGAGAAUUGAGAAGCACAAGAAGAAAUUGGCUGCAAAGAAGAGAGGCGAGAAAUAUGAAGAAGAAGAGGAACAACACGAGAAACAACAGAAGGAACAACCAGCAAAGAAAGUAGAACCAAUCAAGAGAAUCGAUCUCAACAAGAAACAACAAGAAGAAAGAGAAAGAAGAGCAGCAAUGAUUGCAAAGAGAAAACAAAUGGAAGAAGAGAAGAAGAAAGAAGAAGAAAGAAAGAAACAAGAAGCAGAACAGAAAGCAUACUUAGAAAAGAAGAAGAAAGAAGAGGAAGAAGAAAGAAAGAGGAAAGAACAAGCCGCAACACUUGAAAUGGAAAAGAAGAUCGCUAAACAAAAGGCAGAAGAAGAAAGAAAGAAACAAGAAGCAGAACUUGAACGUCAAAAGAUAGAAAUGAUGACAGGAGGAAGAUCUAAAGAUGCUGGUGCUGUCAAACGUGAAUUAGCUCAACAGAAAGUUAUCCAGGCAAACAUGAGAGCACGUGAAGACGAAGCAAGAAAGAAACAAGAGAUAGAAGCUGCUCAAGAAGCAGGAGAAAGAGCAUUCGCAGAAAGAAAACGUCUCAGAGAACUGAAAGAAGCAGAAGAAAAAGCAAGAAAGGAAGAAGAACUAAGAAAGAAACAAGAACAAGAAAACGCACUCAAGCAAAUCAAAGCAGAAGCAGAAAGAAGAAGAAAAGAACAAGCAUUGAUGGCAGAAAAACAAAAACUUAUUGCAGAAGAAAACGAACGUCUUCGUAAAGAAGCAGAAGAAAAAGCAAAGAAAGAAGAACUGAAGAAGAAGAAAGAACUCGAAGAAAAGAAGAAAUUAGAAGAAGAAAAAGCAAAGAAAGAACAAGAACAAAAGAAGAAAGAAUUAGAAGAACAAAAGAAGAAAUUAGAAGAAGAAGAUGCAGAAGAAGAAAAUGAAGAAGAGAUGUUACCAGAAGAGAACAUGGCCGAAAUUGAUGCAUUGUUUGCAAACGAAGAAGAAGAGGACCAAAACAUAAAUUUUAGUUUACCGUCGAACGAUAUCAAACAAGAACCAAAAGUGAAGUCUAAAAACAUUACUUCACUGAUGUCGUUCGACACAUCAUCUGCCGAUCUUUCAGAAGGACAGUUCCGUGAGUACGAAGCACAAAUGACUAAGCGCGAAGAGUUCAAGAAGAGCAUCAUCGAACCAACAGUUGAAACACGAGAUUUUUCAGAAAACAAAAAGAAAGCUGUUGUUGGAAAAGUAAAAAUAAAAACACAGAAAGACCAACAACUUGACUUACCACGUAUAGCAAACGAAUUAAUCCAAGAAGAAAAUGGAGAUGUUGCAAUUGAGUUCCCCGAACAAAAUCGAAAGUUCAUCAGAGCUCGCGACGGAAAAACAAUUUACGAAAUUCCACCAGGUUACGAAGACAUUCCAAACUCAAUGCUCCUUGACAUGCUUGAAGACGAAGGACUUCUUGACGCCGAUGAAGAAGUUGUUGAAGGAAAAGAAAACAUCGAAACUCCUCCAGACUUCUGGAGCCAGAAUUCAUACAACACAGAUUUGCAAGAAGAAGAUGGCGAACAAGACAACGAAAUUGAACAAAAACGUCCUGAAAUUAAAGAUUCACAAAACAUUGUUAUCGAAGGAAGAGCUUCUCAGAAACUUCAACUCGGAAAAUCUUCAAAGAAAUAA